UUAACUGAACGAAUAUGGCUACUGCUCAACUCUUGCAUUCUGGGCAGAAGCCCAAAACUUUGAAGGAAACGGCUCUGUUUCCAAACCGAGUUGCCACUGAGCAGCAGUCUAUGGUUUUGGUGAAAAGGCUGCUAGCAGUUUCAAUCUCCUGCAUAACUUACCUCCGAGGGCUCUUCCCAGAAAGCUCUUAUGGAACCCGCUAUUUAGAUGACAUGUCCCUAAAAAUUCUUCGAGAAGAUAAAAGCUGCCAGGGUUCACUCCAGAUAGUCAAGUGGAUUCAAGGGUGCUUUGAUGCGCUGGAAAAUAACUAUCUACAUAUGGCUGUUUUGACAAUCUAUACCAACCCUAAAGAACCUGAGCACAUGACAGAAUUUUACCGGUUCAAGUUCAAGUAUUCAAGGAGUGGACCUCAGAUGGACUUUGAUAGUCGUGACAGUCAAGGGAACUUUACAAAUGGAGGGAACGGUGAGGAAAUUAAGCAAGCCAGCAUCUUGCUGAUCCGCAAACUGUAUGUCUUAAUGCAGAAUCUUGGACCGCUGCCUAAUGACAUUACAUUGACCAUGAAACUGUUCUACUACAAUGAUGUCACACCCAAUGAUUACCAACCCCCUGGCUUUAAGGAAGGCAACAUCUCUGAUUGCCUGAUUUUUGAUGGUGACCCAGUGAACCUCAAAGUCGGGUCAGUCUCCACUGGGUUCCACAUUAUGAAAGUGAGAGUAACAGCAGAGAGCAAACGGAUGGGGUUGCUGGAGAGCAAUCUGGUUGAGGAGAAUGGUUCCACUGAGAUCUCCCAUCAGGGGCUAGACUGCGAUGAGGAAGAAGAGGAAGGCAACACUAAAGUAAAGGAAUAG